GGAGACCUCCUGCUGUGGGCUGGAAGGCUUGGAGACCUGGGGAAUCACUGGACAAGUGGCUUUUUUUCCCGUUGUACCCCUCACCCCAAUGUGUUGGGGGGUGUGUGUACAUGUAUGCGUAUGCCUGCUUGUUGCUUGGAUUUCUCUAUUUGUCAUUUUGGGCAGGGGGUGGCUGGGCGGGCUGGCCGGCAGAUAGCUGGGAGGGGUUCAGCUGUUGGAGGUUUCAAAUAGAGCUUGUUUCAGGCAGGGCACAGCUGCUGCGAGACUGUCACAUUCCUUGUUGAAAUCCAGCCGCAAAAACCUAGGAGGUGCCGAUCGGAUUUCCCCCAUUGCCAGCAUCUCGCUGUAACCGGGGAUGGGCGGACUUGCCCGCCCUGGAAACGGGUGGGGUAGACCUGUCAAGACAACCUAAAUAGCCAAGACCCAGACUUCCAGGCAGAGGGUCCUCCAGGGACCCGGCUGCUCUAAGGGGAUUGCCCCAGUCGAGGGCAGCACCUGGAAGCUGCCCUAGUCUAAAUAGCUCAAGGAUGAGCCCCUCCGUGAGCAGAAGCGAGUGGGGUUUCCCCUGGAAUCGCAGCUCACUUAGUCAUUCCCUGUAAUGAGCCUCUGAGUCUGCGGGUCCUUCUGCUCGCUGCCUUCUCGGAACCGCCUCUCCUGCUGGGCACUCCGGGAGAUGGGGCUGGCAGCCUUGGCAGGGCUGCCAGCUGCCCUGGUCACAGCCAUAGCUCUCUCCAGUCACCCUCUGCGGGGACCAGGGGCCCUCGCUGGGGGAAACUGAUGAAGGCCCAAGUGCUGGGGGGUGGUGAGGGCAAGACCAGCACCUCUUCUUUCAGUGACACUGUGGUCGGGGCUCUUGAGGAAACGGCUCUUCCCAGCGACAGUGGCUGUGCACAGACUCCAGUGUGGGAUCCACGCACAUUUGUCUCAAUGUGAGGAGAGGCUCCCACUGGGCAGGAGCCACUCCUGAUGGAGAACUCCGGGAAGGGGGCUUUCCCAGAGCUGGGGCAGGCAGACUUCCAGUGAAUGGAAAGUGAGGCCACCUGAGGUGCUUGGCUUCCCCCAUUUCUAAACUGACGACCCUCUGGCUGAUGGCAGCACAGAGAGGGCGGCAGCUGAGAAUGUCCUGCUUGUCUCAGCUGGUGCACCGGCCUCAGUGCACCUUGGGGCCGGUAUCAUGAUAAGCAGGGCUCACUGAAAUCUGCCUACCUACUCACCCAUCCUUCCACCUGUCCAUCCAUGUUUGGAGUCAUUCAUAAAACACGUGUUUUCUGGGUGCCACCUAUGGGCCAGGUCCUGUGGACACAGCGGGGCCAAGGCAGAUAUCCCUUCCUCUCCUGGAGGAAAAUAGGAUCAUUUCAAAGAAUUGGACCAAAGUUGGGAUCCCAGCUUUGCCAUUUCCAGUUGUGUGAUCCUGGACAAGUCGUGUAGGUUUCUUUCUUUUCUCUCCCCACCCCCUAGUUUUUUUCUUUUCUCCCCACCCCCAGUUUUUUUCUUUUCUUUCUACCAGAGAUUGAUACCGAAGGUCAUGCAGCUUUUUCGAGCAUGGUUCCCCUGCUGUCAAGUGGGGAGAAUUAAAUUAGAUAAGUGCCUGCUCCCAUAUAGUGCCUGCUCAACAAAUGGUAUCUAUAGUGAUUGUUAUUGAUGAUGAUGAUAAGAGGAAAAGAGAUGUCUUUUUCCCUCUGUUAUCUAACUCUGGCUCUAGAAUUAGCUGGGGCCUUAACAGAUGGGGAACUAAGACUUGUCAAUGGAGUGAGAAGUAUCUUGAAGGGAAGAAGUUCUGAGAAGGGGUUGGGUCUGACCGGAGACCACCUUUAAUCAUGGAUCCGUUGUAGGGGCAGGUGAGCGUCUGUUUCCCAGUCUUACGGAGGAAAUGGACUCUAUUUGUGGCAGAAGGGUUUGGGUUAGAAGGAAGAGUCACCACCUGGAAGAACUCAGAGACAUUCACUGGACCCUGGGGAGGGAUGGGUGACUCCCUCUUUUGCUGGAAAGCUUUGUGUGUCUGGUUGCUUUGCUGGCCCGUCUGGAGGCAGGAGGAUGGACAGGAUGACCUCAGGGACCCUAGUCAGAUUGGGUAAUUCUGCCCUGACAGUGGCAGUUUCCACUCAAAGGCUCCUGGGAGGGGACGCACUUUUUUUCUCCAAGUGAUUGAAGAUUUACUAACCCUGUGCCUGAGCUACUGCUUUCUGAAGUUCUCUGCUUUUUUUCCACGGGGUUGUGGCCUUCCUAUUCACCUGUCUGUGGCUGAUGCCUGUUACUGGGGAAGGGACUCACCACGAAGGCCUGGGUCUCUCGGAAAGGAACAUGCAUAUGCCCUGAGCAUGUUCAAAAUUAAUGCAAACAGAGCCAGCGCCGGGAGGUUGAGCAAUGGGGACAGAACGAUCCCCAGCUCCCACCCUCACGGUAGGCGCUGACACUGGGAGGAAGCUCUGCUAGGAGGCUUCGCUGGAGCAGGGGGUGGGGCGAGCUCAGAUAAGAGCAGAGCUGCUUUUUAUUAUGCCAGGGCCAGGAGAGCAAAUGCCGGAGAUGCCCGACAUGGCCCUUAUAGGCUCCUAAAAGUCCUGGGCUCCCCCUGAACUGAAUGAGGAGUCCGGGUUUCUUUUCUUUUCUUUUUUAAAAUAGGUGUAUUUACUCUCUGAAUGCUCAGACACCAUGGCAAGGCCAGGUCUAGAGAUCUUGUUGAGAAAUCUUGGUGACACUGUCCCUCUCUACCUCUCAGUGCCUGUCAAGGUCAGAGCAGUGAGCAUCUGGGGAGUGGUUCCUGGUGUUUGUGUGUACGCCUAGCGCUGGUUUGGGGCAAACCCAGUUGGUUGCCUUAAGCUGCCUGCUGUGCUCUCUUCACUGGGUCCAGGGAGAGUUAGGGAUGGGGGCCUGGCCUGCCCUCCCCUCCUCCCCAGGCUUGGACUUUAGCACCCUCACCCUGCCAUUGUGUUGGUGGCUGAGCUGGCAAGUCACCAGUGGCCCUUGUUUCCCAGGGACCGCAGGCGUCGGGCCGGGGGUGGUCUCAGGGGACGCUGGAAAACGCUGGUGCAGCAAGGCAGCUCUUCUUCCCUAGCAGCCGUACACCUCAAACCACUCCCACCCCCAGCCUGAAACUAGUCUGCGUUUCACCUCCCAGGCAGAGCCGGUCCCCUGCGCCCUCAUGCCUGGCUCUUGCCCCCUGGCUCCUCCCCGCUGCCCCUGCCUGGCCCUGUGGGAUUAACGCAGGCCAUGAGAGGGGCCUCGGUGGGAAGGCACCUACCCGGUUACCCCAUCUGCUUCCGUGGGUGGCUUCUUUUCUCACCUCUUCCUUUUCAGAUCUUUACUCUUCCUUUUUCAGAUCACCUUGUGGGAAGCCACCCCGGUGGCACAGGCUUCUCUGCAUGUGCAGGGGAGCCUGGUCCCCUGGCCAUUCACUCUUCAAAGAGAAUGGUGUCCCUUAGGCCAACGUGUUGCCUGUCUAUUUGCUGACCUCACGGAGGUCAGCGCGCUCGCCCCCAGCUUCCAGCCCAAAUGACUGAGCAGUAUCACUGGUCCCAGGUCCUCUGCUCUCUGCCCUCCCUGCUCACGGAGGUCUUGUCUGCAGGCAGCAGCAGCCUGGGCUUGGCUGGGCAACUAUCUCUGCACCUUCUGCUCAGACCCAGGUGCUGCUUUGGGACAGGUUGUUGGCUGUCAGAGGAUGUCCUGAUGUUUUCGAGGAGGUGCUUCAGGGCACUGGUGUCCGUGGUUUCAGGCAUGAUGGGAAAGUAGGAACAGGACAGACCCCCUUUCUGUCCCUUUCUGUGGACCCCCUGUGGGAUGACCCGUAGGACAGAGUUGCAGAAGGCAGCAGAAUGUGUAUAAACGAUUUGGCUACAGGCAGGAGCCUGAGAGCCAGCUGUGAAGGGCCCCAGCCACACAUUUUAUCUUCAUAGGUCACACUGAGUCUGUUGUCCCCAAGCAGGGCGAGCUUUGGCAGUGUGAAAACAGGCCCUUCCACCCCCCACCCCCAUUGGUGGUGACUUUAUUUAUAAUCUUUGUGGACAGUCUGCAAAUGAGUCAAACAUUUGUAGCCCACAGGGGGGACAGCUAACUUUUUGUAUAUACUUAUCCUUUGAGUGUCAUCACCCUAUUUAUAACUGUCCUGGGGGAAAGACUUCAUAACACAUCCGGACUUCCCUUCCCCGCGGGCGGUGUUACCGGGCGCUUGGGCACUGGCAUAACGGCUGGGGCAUUUAUCUCCUGCACACACUAAUUAGAAAGCUAUUUUAUGGCCUUGUGUUUCGGGAAGGGAGCUUUCGGGAAGGGAGAUCUGUGAGGCCAUGGUCAAAAGAUCUGCUUUUAAAAAAAUAAGGAUUCCAUGUUUUCGUUGGCCCUGAAAUGCCUUAUCAGUCUGUCUACCCUCAUCCUUUUGGGUCUGAUCAUCGCCUACCACACACGUGAAGUCCAGCUCUUCGUGAUUGACAACGGCGCGGACGACUGGCGGAUAGCCAUGACCUACGAGCGCAUCCUCUACAUCAGCCUGGAGAUGCUGGUGUGCGCCAUCCACCCCAUCCCCGGCGAGUACAAGUUCUUCUGGACGGCGCGCCUGGCCUUCUCCUACACGCCGUCGCGCGCGGAGGCGGACGUGGACAUCAUCCUGUCCAUCCCCAUGUUCCUGCGCCUGUACCUGAUCGCGCGCGUCAUGCUGCUGCACAGCAAGCUCUUCACCGACGCCUCCUCCCGCAGCAUCGGGGCGCUCAACAAGAUCAACUUCAACACCCGCUUCGUCAUGAAGACGCUCAUGACCAUCUGCCCCGGCACCGUGCUGCUCGUGUUCAGCAUCUCGCUGUGGAUCAUCGCUGCCUGGACCGUCCGCGUCUGCGAAAGGUACCAUGACCAGCAGGACGUAACUAGUAACUUUCUGGGUGCCAUGUGGCUCAUCUCCAUCACAUUCCUUUCCAUUGGUUAUGGGGACAUGGUGCCCCACACAUACUGUGGCAAAGGUGUCUGUCUCCUCACUGGCAUCAUGGGCGCAGGCUGCACUGCCCUCGUGGUGGCCGUGGUGGCCCGAAAGCUGGAACUCACCAAAGCGGAGAAGCACGUUCACAACUUCAUGAUGGACACUCAGCUCACCAAACGGAUCAAGAAUGCUGCAGCCAACGUCCUUCGGGAAACGUGGCUAAUCUAUAAACACACAAAGCUGCUAAAGAAGAUUGACCACGCCAAAGUCAGGAAACACCAGAGGAAGUUCCUCCAAGCUAUCCACCAACUGAGGCGUGUCAAGAUGGAGCAGAGGAAGCUGAGUGACCAAGCCAACACCCUGGUGGACCUUUCCAAGAUGCAGAAUGUCAUGUACGACUUAAUCACAGAACUCAACGAUCGGAGUGAGGACCUGGAGAAGCAGAUUGGCAGCCUGGAGUCCAAGCUGGAGCAUCUCACCGCCAGCUUCAACUCCCUGCCGCUGCUCAUCGCGGACACCCUGCGCCAGCAGCAGCAGCAGCUCCUGUCCGCCAUCCUCGAGGCCCGGGGCGUCAGCGUGGCGGUGGGCACCACCCACACCCCGCUCUCCGAUAGCCCGAUUGGGGUCAGCUCCACCUCCUUCCCGACCCCAUACACAAGUUCGAGCAGUUGCUAAAUAAAACUCCCCACUCCAGAAGCGUUACCCAUAGGUCUUAAGAUGCAAAUCAACUCUCCUGGUCGCUUUGCCAUCGAGAAACUCUCAGACCAGGGAACAGAAAGAAGAGAGACCGAGCUAAUUAACUAACUCAUGUUCAUUCAGCGUGCUUGGUUCGAUAUGCCUUGAAACCAGAAAUCUAAUCUCUGUUUAGGUGCCUCUACUUGGGAGCGGGAAGAGGAGAUGACAGGAAGCGACGCCUCUGGCAGGGCCCUUGCUGCAGAGUUGGUGGAGAACAGAAAUCCACGCUCAAUCUCAGGUCUUCACGUGGGGGGCUGGGGGGCAGGUGCACUGAAGCAGCCAACAGUGAAGCCAGCCCGGCCGCGGGGCCUGUGGGGAUGGGGCCGUGCCAGGCUUGGGGGAUGGGUCCCUCACCACUGGGGUCCUUGAGCACACCUCUCUCCUUUCCUUUUGUCUAAGGAUGGCCUCUGGAUGACAAAAGUAAAAGAGAGCUGCCCACAACUUGCCAAAACGGACAUACCCAAUUUAGACUGAAAAAAAAAAAAACAACAACAACAAAAACCCCACAGACAAAUAAAAAGCCAGAUUUUUCAUCCAAUAUUAAUACCCAUAUAAACCUGUGUGUUUGCAAGCACGUGCGUGUACACACGUGCACGUCCCACGUUCAAUCCAGCUCCUUUCUUGUUUGAGCUUAGCCCAAAUAAAAAGGGGCCUGGUACCUCACUCUGCACACAGUAGGCACCCUCUAAAUGUGUCAGGUUGGUUUGAAUCUGAAUGUAGGAUGCUUUCAGUUCAGGUAAUUGCUAUUGGCCACAUCCUGAGCUUCACUGAAGACGCAGGUCCCUUCAAACACAUGCAGGUUCCUUUGUCCCGGGUGUGCACCAUGCUUGAUUUCAGAUGGAUGCUGGGCCAAAAUUAUUGGCAUUCCGGAGGGGUAAGCAGGCUUCUAAAAACAACAACAACAAAACAGCUUCUGCAGAGUUUUCUUCUUACAUCCAAACAAGCUGUGUUUCCAUGGACCAAAUGACCAGGUGUAUGUAUUGGGGGGAGGGGACAGGGGAUCAUGCAGGUGUAUGCACAUGUACAAACAAGGGCAACCCAAUAACACCUUAGUGAAUAGAAAUAUGGUUUGGGGAUUUGCUGAGCUGUAUUUAGGCAGCAACAGGUUUCUAGCCCCAGAUGUUAGGAGUACAGAAGGUUCAAUGUCCUCACCUGCGAGCUGCUGAGCUGGUAGGAGGAGUGAUGGAGAGUGGCCUACAUGGUCCCUUAUAUCUGAAGUCACCUCAAAAUAAAAUAUUGUAAGAAUAAAGGGAGCCCUUAGGGAGCCAUGUAGGUAAGGUAAGAGGACAUAGAUUUUUCAGUAGCCUAUUCCUACUGUACCAUGUUAAUCUUGGUGCAAAAACUAUUCUAAUACAUUUCAAACUCCAAGAGACUUCAGAAACAUCAAGGUCCAGUGUAGUGACAGGUACUGAAAAAUUUCUUCAUUGCUCCAUAAUCUGACCACACGUAACAUUUGUGAUGUGCAAACCAUCAUGUUGUUCAUCAUUUUUUCUUAUUUUGAGGUCUUUGAUUUUUGCUUGUGGGAAAUUAAAUGAUACUGUAUGGAAUAUUUCAUCUGUUUAAGAUAAAAGAAAAGGGUUUUGCAUAUGGUUGUCAUUUUGGACUUAGCUUUGUCAAAAAGACAUUAUCUCCCUUCUGAAGGUGGGAGCUUGCUGUGGAGAUUUUUCUUCUGCAGCACUGAGUCUUGUCUUUUAAGGAUAAUGGAAUCGCUGGACAGCAAAAAGUAGACAAUCUAGAAUGAAGGCCACUCUUUUGAGAAGAUCUGGUCUCUUGCUAAACCUCUUCUUUUUGUCUCUUGCUAUUGCUGCUGUUCCUUUAAUGCUCUGUCUUCUUAAUGGUUUGUCUUGAUAACUCCUCUGAGCAUUUUCAUUAGUUGUUUUGCAUACCAGAGAUGCCACACCUGCUGUUGGCUUUUUAUUUUUUUACUUGCUCUUUUAACUACUGAUUUUCUGAAAGAUCCCUCCCCCCAUUUUUUUUUUAAUGUCCCAAGAAUGGUGCUCCUGUUUUCAGUGACAGUUCAGCUGAACAUGUAAGCAAAUGUAUAAAAGGAUGAAAUAACCA